ACUUCAGUUUCUGGACAACUUCCUGGCAGAAGCAAUGGGAGAGGCCAUAUAUAUAGUCAACUAGCUAGCCAGCCGGCUAGCGAUAAGUCAUGGCUGGGAGCGUAGGAGAGCAGCCAUAGAGGCGAGAAGCGAAGACCUGCCGGUGGAUCGACAUCGAUGGCCGUGGUGGCGGCGGAGAAGGCGGUGCGUUGCCUCGGGCUCGGCUUCGACAUGACGUGCGACCUGAGGCUCAAGUUCUGCAAGGACUCCGGCGGCAGCGUGGUGGCCAGGAGCCCCGGCGAGACGGCGCCUGUCUCCGUGCCGGGGGUCGGCGUGGUCCGCGACAUGCCCGCCGACGUCAAGUGCGGCAAGGGCGACCGCGUCCGGUUCAAGUCCGACGCGCUCGAGUUCAACAAGAUGUCGGAGGUGUUCAACCAGCGGAGCUCGGUGGAAGGGAAGAUCCCGUCGGGGCAGUUCAACGCGUGCUUCGACCUUGACAGCGGCUCCUGGGCGCAGGACGCGUCGUCCACGAAAUGCCUGGCCAUGGACGGCUACUUCAUCUCCUUCUUCGACCUCCGCCUCGACCGCCGCCAGCUCGCCCUCGCCGGACACGUCCUCGACGACGUCCCCGCCGCGUGGGACCCCGCCGCCAUCGCGAGCUUCAUCGAGAAGUACGGGACGCACGUGAUCGUGGGGCUGAGCAUGGGCGGGCAGGACGUGGUAUACGUGAGGCAGGACGCGUCGUCGCCGCUGUCGCCGUCGGAAAUCAGGGGGCACCUCGACAAGCUCGGCGACCAGCUCUUCACCGGCGCCUGCGCCGUGCCGCCUCCGCACUCAAAGUCCAAAUCCAAGCUCAAGAUGCCGGAGGCGUUCAACGUGUUCGACGCGCAACUGGCGCAGCAGAGGCUGCAAGGGAUCACCACGCUCGUCUCAUCCAAGGAGGGAGUGACUGUGAUCUACUCGAAGCGCGGAGGGAACACGACGGUGAGCAGCCACUCGGAGUGGCUCCUCACGGUGCCGGCGGCGCCCGACGUGAUCAACGUCAAGCUCGUGCCCAUCACCUCCCUGCUCCGGGGCGUCGCCGGCACCGGCUUCCUCUCCCACGCCAUCAACCUCUACCUCAGAUAUAAGCCUCCUGUGGCUGACCUGCGCUACUUCCUGGAUUUCCAGCAUCACAGAAUGUGGGCCCCCGUGCUCGGCGAGCUGCCACUCGGCCCAUGCUCCAACCGACAGGGCUCUAGCCCGUCUCUGCAUUUCAGCCUGCUUGGCUCCAAGCUCUAUGUCAGCUCCAGUCAGGUGAUUGUGCCCAUGUUGCCGCUCACGGGGAUGAGGCUGCACCUCGAGGGCAAGAAAAACAACCGGCUAGGCAUCCACGUGGAGCACCUGUCGGCCACCCCGACGUUCAUCGCCGCCGUCCAGCGGUCCAGCAACAGGCCGCCGUCGUGGCGGGGCUCCGAGACGGUCUCCGACGACGACCACCGCUACUACGAGCCGGUGCAGUGGCGGAUGUACGCGCACGUAUGCACCGCGCCCGUCAAGUACGACCGCCGGUGGCACCAGUCCGAGCACCGCCGUGCCGCCACGGCCGCCGCAGCGUACAUCGUCACCGGCGCGCAGCUGCACGUCAAGGCGCACGACUCCACCACCGUGUUGCACCUUAGGCUGCUCUACUCCGAGGUCCCCGGCUACGCCGUCGUGCAGUCCAGGUGGACGCGCAGCACCGCGAGGACGUCGGGCAAGUCGUCCAGCUUCUUGUCCAUGCCAUUCUCUGGGUCUUCUUCGUCGUCGGGCUCAGGAAGCGGUGGCGUCAAGGAGGGGCGGAAGCAGCCAGGUCCGCCGCCGGUGGUGCUCAACAUAAACUCCGGCCUGUUCGUCGGCACGCCGCCCGUGCCCGUGGGUGCGCAGAAGCUACUUAAGUUCGUGGACACGUCGUCGCAGGUGACUAUGGGCCCGCAGGACAGCCCCGGGUACUGGCUCAUCACCGGCGCGAGGCUAGACGUCGACAAGGGCAAGAUCUCCCUGCACGUCAAGUUCUCCCUGCUCGCCCCGGCCUCUUGACUACAGUUCCAGAGUUUCUGUACAGUUCUUCUGCUGCCAAAGGCUAACUUACCACUGUAAUUAACACACCGUUUUGAAGUUUUGGUUUUUGUUUGGAUCAUGUAAAUGUUGCUGUGCAACGAGUGUAAAUGAAAACCAUAGGCACUUUUUGGGUAGUGCAAGAAAAAGAUUCAUUCGUCCUAGACAAACAAUCAAGCUACUGCAGCACCUGUCAAGCACAGGAUUAGUGUGAAAUAUGUAGUCUACUUAUUGCCAAGAGGAAACAAAUAGCACGAAGUG